AUGUUUUAAUUGUGUAAAUCCUUUUACAACUUUUCCAAAUUAAAGGUUUUUGCAAAUCAACUGACAAAAUCAAUAGAUAAUGCCCAAAAAAAUGUAGCAUUCGCUUAUUUCCUCCCAAAGGAUUGGAAUGAAAAAUAAGUAAAAGAAUAUUUUGAUCCUCAAGAUAAAUUGAUAAAAAGAAUUCAGCUAAUCAAAGACUCAUUUGAUAAUCCCACUGGUAAAGCGAUUAUUGAAAUGGAAUCAGAAUCAAUUGCUCAGAAAUUUAUCAAGGAGCAUCAUGAAAAUUAUAUUGACACUAAAGAUGUUUUAUAAUAAAUCGUUGUGAAACCAUUUAGUUUGAAAAAAGAAUAAAACAAAUUAGAUAUUAAAAGAAGCGAUAAAUAGGCUUAUAUUACAGGUUUACCCAGAUAAAUGAAAAAUGAGGAGCUUCUAGAUUUGUUGAUUGAUUUUGGGGAAAUAGAAAAAAUAUAAAUUCCUAAGGAUUAAAAUUAGGAAUUUAACAAAGGAUAUGCAUUUGUUUUAUUUAAAAAGGUUGAGGAUGCCUAAAAGUUUUAGACCUUUAUGAAUGGAAAGGAAUUUAUGGGAAAGAAAUUAAGCGUCUAAUUGAGAAUAUUUAGGUUUGAUAGCUAGAAAAAGAGUUUCAAAACAGAAAAGGUGCAGGAUGGAGACGUUUAAUAUGAAUAAAAUAAAGCCAAUUAUGGUCUUUUAUAAAAGGAGUUUGAAAUAAAAAGAGAAUGA